CAACUAGUUGAAAAUUCCCAGAGUGGGGACAGUAUUUCCUGAUUUGCUUCCAUUUCGUCUCUGGUCGUUCAAGGGUUUACUUCUUGUUUCUGCCAAGAUGAAGCGAUCACGGAGGAGCGAAUUGUGGAAUCAUUUCACUGUUCUGGAUGAAGAGUUUGCGAAAUGUGGUUUAUGCGGCAAAAAGUUGUCGUACAAAACCAGCACGACGAACUUGAAGAAACAUAUCGAAAGGUCGCAUGUAAUGGUGAACUUUGCGACAAAUUCUUCAAGAUCCGUCGACCCUGUGUUGCCAGAGCCAGGUGAAGCCUCUCUAGCAGUGGAGUUGCCAGAAGAAGGCACCACAGCCAGCAGCACACAGGGGGAAGCAGUUCCCUCCACAUCACAGCAUCAGACAGCCAUCACAGAAUACGUUCCCAAAAAGAUGGGACUGAUUCAAAAGAAGAAGGUGGAUAGCAAAUUAAUGGGUCUGUUCACAAAAGACUAUCAACCUUUCUCUAUUGUAAAUGACUCAGGAUUUCGUAGUUUUGUACAUGCACUGAAUCCUGCUUAUGAAAUACCGAGUAGAAGGACUGUAACAAAUGUAAUGUUGCCAGCAGCAUAUGCAGAAGCAAAUGAGAAAGUACAACAAAAGCUGCAAGGCAUAAAGACAAUCUGUCUAACAACAGAUUGCUGGACAUCAGCUUCUAAUGAAAGUUACAUGGCUGUAACUGGACAUUUCAUAAAUGAACAAUUCAGAUUACAGUCUGUACUGCUGGAAUGCAGUCAUUUCAGUGGUGCCCAUACCAGCUCAAAUUUGUCCACAGCUUUGAUUAAAAUUACGGACAAAUUUAGUCUUGGUGGCAAAAUUUUAAUGGUAGUCACGGACAAUGCACCAAAUAUAAAAAAUGCUAUUUCCACCAUUCUCAAGUGGAAACAUUUUGGUUGUUAUGCUCACACUCUUAAUUUAGUUGUGCAGGAUGCACUUAAAAAUGUUCAGGAAGUUCACCAGAAAGUCAAGACAAUUGUAGGUUUUUUUAAAAGGAGCAGCAGUGCAACAGAGCGGCUCUUAACAUGCCAACAGAACAGUGGCAAAGUAAACAUCAAGAAAUUGAUCCAGGACUUGCCCACAAGGUGGAAUUCAACCCUGUUCAUGUUGGAACGUAUUGUCGAAUUGUCAGAGGCAGUGAAAAUUACAGUUGCCCUUUGUAACAGGCCCACAGAUCUUCCGUCACUGUCAAAUGAUGAGUGGGAAAUCUGCUCCGAACUCUGUUCAAUUUUGAAACCGUUUGAGCAGGUUUCGAGGCAGCUCAGUGCAGAGGAUUACCCAACUGGCAGCUUGGUUAUAGUCCUGACACGUGGACUUCUGGCAGUAUGUGACGAAAUAGCCAAAAUGCAGUUACAUGAAGUUUCAAGGAAAGUUGUUUUGGUACUAAAAGAAGGGCUUACAAACCGGUUUUCGAAUCUUGAGCAGAGCAAGUCCAUUGCCCUUGCUACUCUGCUGGAUCCACGUUUCAAAUUGCUGGCAUUUCAGAACCAGGCAGCAGCAGACAACACGAAGAAACAAUUAAUUAAUAUUGUUGCCCAGAAACUGGAAAAAUGUAGGCCAGUAGGUAUUCAGCCUUCACAAUCUGUUGAGCCAAACAAUUUGGCAACUGAAUCCUUCUCUGUGUGGGGCAUAUUCGAUAAGUUAGUGAAACAUGCACAGCCACAGGGCACAGUACAGUCAUGUGCUAUUGUAGAGGUUCAAAGGUACAUUGACAGCUCAGUCAUCAGUAGAAAUGAGGAUCCUCUGGCAUGGUGGAGACAAAAUCAAUACAUAUACCCAACCAUUGCAAAAGUAGUGAAAGAGAGGUUUAAUGUUGUAGCAACUUCUGUGCCUUGUGAGAGGGUCUUCUCAAAAACCGGACAUUUAAUAAAUGACAGAAGAACCCGCCUCAAGCCA